AUGGAAUUAAAAUUGAAAAAGCAUAAUAUGAACUUUGAAAAUGAAUGGGAGAUAUUACAGCCAGCAUUAUACAAGUAUGAAGAAGCUGGAAUUGCUGAUACAAAUCAUGCAUACGCUAGCGAUUGUAUAGGAUGCAUUUUCUAUAAUGAAAAAAGGUAUGAAGAAGCACUAAAACAUUACAACGAUGCAAUUAGGAUCGAUCAAAACUGCGCAGCUUAUAUUUCAAAUAAAGAAAAUGCUCUUGGAGAGUUAGGCAGAAGAGAAGAAGCGAUAGAAUACUAUAAAGAAGCUAUCAAAGUCAAUCCAAAUUAUGCACCUGCAUACAAUGGCAUUGGAAACAUUUUCUAUAAUGAAAAAAGGUAUGAAGAAGCACUAAAACAUUUCAACGAUGCAAUUAGGAUCGAUCCAAAUCAUACAGUUUAUUAUUCUAAUAAAGGAUAUGCUCUUGAAGAGUCAGGUAGAAGAGAAGAAGCUAUGGAAUACUUUAAACAAGCUAUCAAAAUUGGUCCAAAUGAUGCAUAUUUAUACAAUGGCAUUGGAGAUAUCUUUUAUAAUCAAGAAAAAUUUAAAGAAGCUGUAGAAAAUUACAACGCUGCAAUUAGGAUCAAUCCAAACGUUGCAGUUUAUAUUAAAAAUAAAGGAUAUGCUCUUGUAGAGUUAGGUAAAAGAGAAGAAGCUAUGGAAUGCUUUAAACAAGCUAUCAGAAUUGAUCCAAAUGAUGCAUAUGCAUACAAUUGCAUAGGAGAUAUCUUUUAUAACGAUAAAAGGUAUGAAGAAGCAGUAAAACACUACAAUGAUGCAAUUAGAAUCAAUCCAAACGAUGCACUUUAUUUUAGAAAUAAAGGAUAUGCUCUUGGAGAGUUAGGUAAAAGAGAAGAAGCUGUUGAAUGCUAUAAAGAAGCUAUCAAAAUUGAUCCAAAUUGUGCACUUGCAUACAAUCGCAUAGGAAUUAUUUUAUUUAAUGAAAAGAGAUAUGAAGAUGCAAUUAAGCUUUACAAUGAUGCAAUAAGGAUCAAUCCAAACUGUGCACUUUAUUUUCGAAUAAAAGGAGAUGCUCUUGGAGAGUUAGGUAGAAGAGAAGAAGCUAUGGAAUGCUAUAAAGAAGCUAUCAAAAUUGAUCCAAAUGAUGCAUAUGCAUACAAUAGCAUUGGAGAAAUCUUUUGUAAUGAAAAGAGAUAUGAAGAAGCAGUAAAAUAUUUUAAGAAUGCAAUUAAAAUUGAUUCAAAUUGUGCACAUUAUUUUAGAAAUCAAGGAUAUGCUCAAUAUGCGUUAGGCCGAAGAGAAGAAGCUAUUGGAUGCUAUAAAAAAGCUAUCAGAAUUGACCCAAAUGAUAAUUAUGCAUACAAUUGCAUAGGACUUAUCUUAAAAAAUGAAAAGAGAUAUGAAGAUGCAAUUAAGCAUUACAACGAUGCAAUUAGAAUCAAUCCAAACUGUGCACUUUAUUAUUAUAAUAAAGGAGCUGCUCUUAGAGAGUUAGACAGAAGUGAAGAAGCUAUGGAUUGCUAUAAAGAAGCUAUCAGAAUUGAUCCAAGCUGUGCACCUGCAUAUAAUGGCAUAGGAAUUAUUUGUUUUAAUGAAAAAAGAUAUGAAGAAGCUGCAAAGUAUUACAGCGAUGCUAUUAGAAUUGAUCCAAACUGUGCGCUUUAUUAUUAUAAUAAAUGAAAUGCUCUUAUAAAAUUAGGCAGAAGAGAAGAAGCUAUGGAAUCUAUUACUCCUAUCUCCUUAUGUGAACAAAAAAUGUUAUUUAAAAAAAAAAAUAUAGUACAAGUUAUUAUUCCCAAUUCGCAAAAAUUGAAAAAAUAUAUUUAUUUAAUUUGUAAAAUUUCUAUUUAGAAUGCAAGCUGUUUUUAUUAAACAGAGUUAGCUAGAGAUCUCAUUAUACUGAUUAUCACUUACAAAAUUUUUAUUUUCGCUCACUCUGGUAGAUUUUUGAGCAAAUAAUAAGAUUUUUCCAAUGUUUUGGCGCAUAUGGAGAGAAGCGGGGAGUUAAUAAAGCAAAGAGUUUAUAA